AGGAUACGAAAACACAAUUUAAACAUACGAAACCAUAGCAACACAAUCAAGUAUUCAUGGAUUACAAAAAGCUGCCCGAGGAACUAUAAAAUGCAAAUUCUCUCAUUACAAACAAAACUGAGGUUUACCCUAUCCUCAUAGUGAGCAAUAUUUGUGCUCAUCUCAUUCUUUACCAAGAAACGGCGGCAUUGAAAUGUGCCAACAAAAAAAACCGUUUAAAAUCAAACAUCAGAAAAUAUUCUCAAUAAGUACAUCCUUAUAGGCAAAGUGAGUUUGUGUAUUUUAAAAACUUAAUACCAAAAUGGGUUCAUCAAACUUUACAAGUACAAUCGUAAGUGAGGAUAAUAUAACUGUGUUCAAUCAAAGUGAAGUGAUUGUUGAUUUAUUCGAUUUCAAGAUCCAUGAGAAUAAACAAUUCGUUGUUUACACAGUGGUGGCGUACAUAUUCGGUACAAUCAUAUUUCUAAGCAACUUGACCGUAGUCAUAUCCAGUGGACUUAUCUUAAAAAAAGGUCAAAAACUGAAGAGUACCUAUUUGCUGCUUGGUAACGUUUCCCUCGCUGAUACUAUAAUUGGAAUUUCAAUUAUAUUUGGAGUUAGCAUCGAAGACCUCAUGAGCAGCAGUCGACUGUGCGUAUUCCAAAUUGGUAUGAUAGUCUGUCCAGCCAUGGUGUCAAUAUUUAGCGUGGGUCUCAUCGCCGUCGAUCGCUACAUUUACAUUUUACACGGACUCUACUACCAGAGAUGGUUCAACACUGCCAAAGUCAGAAUUGGUAUCCUUUGCAUAUGGUUAAUCGGUAUAACACUCGGAUUCUUGCCCGCCAGUGGUUGGGUCAACAGGGAAUUGGGAAAUUCACGAUGCUUUUACGUCUCUCUUUUUCCUGGAACAUUGAUCCUCCUCAAUUCACUGCUCAGUAUAAUCCCUAUUAUACUUGUUGGUGUACUAUACUCUAUAAUACUAGUUCGAGCUUUGAAAAACGUGAAACAAAUAAACGCUGCUGUAAAAACUGUCGAAGUUAAUGCAAACUCAAAACCUGAGCUAAGAAUAUACAGGGGCAAUACAAACGCGAAGAAGAAUAUACAAUCAGUUAAAUUCCCCACCAAAACCAACAAUGGCAAACUUAAAAGAAGUGUAUCUUUUAGUGGCAGUUGCAUAAAUAGCAAAGAUAAAUCUGAAAAUAAUCAAUUCAGUCAUAAGUCUAAAAGCAUUGAUGAGUUGAAUGAUAACAAAGAAGAUUCUAGCAAAUUAGAAAAUAAAAAAUCUCGAAACAGUGUCCCGGAUAGUGAAUCUAAUUUUAGUAUCUGCACUAUUACCUCAAGCGUACCAGACAAUCAGGAUCAGGUAUUCAUGAAAAAAGAAUCGAGGAAGAAAGAGACGAGAAAUAUCGAAAAUGGAAAGCAUAAAAAUAAAUCGAAGGUCAAAGAGCCUAACAAAUGGCGAGCCAUAACUGUAGUGAUGCUAACUUUAGGCAGUUUUAUAUUUACUUGGAUGCCAUUCUUCAUUACUGCGAUCUUUUUUGUGUUUUGCCAAGAGAAACUAACAAAUCCACAGUGUAUGCACCUUCGAAUUAUGCUUAGUGGGCCGAUUGCGACGUUAGCUUUUCUGAACAGUAUUCUCAAUCCAUUAAUUUAUGCCUGGUGGCACAAAGGCUUUCAAAGAAGUAUAAGAUCUUACUUUCAAAGAUAUUUGUUUAAAUUUUUUCGAAAAGAUGGGCUUCAAUAAGUCAUUAUGCAGGACACCUCAAGAUAAUUACCUAACUAUUAUUAUUGUUAUGAUCUACUCUCAUGGCUCUCAUACUUUGUUAUAGAUACAACGUACAAGUAUUAUUUUUUAAGUCUAAUAGGAAUGAUUUAUGUGUUCAAUUGUUUUUAAAAUAAAUAA